UAGAUGGCGAGAGGAGCGGGAGGCUUCGAGUGAGGGAAAAGCCCUCGCGGCGGGGAGGCGGCGGCACCCGAGAGGCGGGCAGGGCUGGAGCACAUAACUACAUUUGCCAUGGUGGAGAUGUUGCUGAAAACAGCAUGGGAUUUCAAUGCAUGAUCACGGAGCUCCACACAGUUUUGUUGCUUAAAGCUGCUUCAAUGGACCACAUUCAUGGAGCUUGGAAGGCUCUUACUGAUGGAAUUGGAUUAAAGGAUUCUGUCUUCAAUGGAUCCAGCUGUAUUUCACCUACCAUUGUUGAACAGUUUGGUUAUCAGCGCAGAGCAUCUGAUGAUGGGAAACUUUUAGAUUCCUCCAAGACAAGUAAUACUAUUCGUGUUUUUUUGCCUAACAAGCAACGCACAGUGGUAAAUGUACGUAAUGGAAUGACUCUUCAUGACUGUCUCAUGAAAGCACUCAAAGUUAGAGGUCUGCAGCCAGAAUGCUGUGCUGUUUUUCAAUUACUUAGUGAACACAGAGGUAAAAAAGCACGAUUGGAUUGGAGUACAGAUGCGGCAUCCUUGAUUGGAGAAGAAUUGCAAGUUGACUUCCUUGAUCAUGUUCCACUCACAACACAUAACUUUGCACGGAAAACAUUUCUGAAGCUUGCAUACUGUGACAUCUGUCAGAAGUUUUUAUUAAAUGGAUUCCGAUGUCAAACCUGCGGUUACAAAUUCCAUGAACACUGCAGCACAAAAGUUCCAACUAUGUGCGUGGACUGGAGCAAUGUCCGGCAACUCUUAUUGUUUCCACAUUCAAAUGUUGGUGAUAGUGGUAUCUCAGCACCUCCUUUGAUGACUCGGCGAAUACGUGAAUCUGUGUCUCGGAUGCCUGUUAAUUCUCAGCAUAGAUAUUCUACUCCUCAUGUCUUCACAUUCAGUGGAACAAAUCCUUCUCCUGAAUGUUCUCUUUCUCAAAGACAGAGAUCUACAUCUACCCCAAAUGUCCACAUGGUCAGUACUACUAUGCCUGUGGAUAACCGGAUAAUUGAGGAUGCUAUACGUAGUCACAGUGAAUCUGCAUCACCACCAGCUAUGUCAGGAAGCCCCAACAAUACAAGUCCAACAGGAUGGUCACAGCCCAAAACACCGGUUCCGGCUCAGAGAGAGCGAGCUGCAGGAGCUAAUCCACAAGAAAAAAAAAUAAGACCCCGUGGACAGAGGGAUUCAAGUUAUUAUUGGGAAAUAGAAGCAAGUGAAGUUAUGCUCUCAACCAGAGUCGGAUCAGGAUCGUUUGGAACAGUUUAUAAAGGAAAGUGGCAUGGAGAUGUAGCAGUAAAGAUACUGAAGGUUGUCGAUCCAACCCCAGAACAAUUUCAAGCCUUUCGAAAUGAAGUAGCUGUAUUAAGGAAAACUCGACAUGUUAAUAUUCUACUAUUUAUGGGCUAUAUGACUAAAGAUAAUCUGGCCAUUGUCACACAGUGGUGUGAAGGAAGUAGCCUCUAUAAGCACCUGCAUGUUCAGGAGACCAAGUUUCCAAUGUUACAGCGUAUUGAUAUUGCAAGACAGACAGCACAAGGAAUGGACUACUUGCAUGCAAAGAAUAUAAUACACAGAGACAUGAAAUCAAAUAAUAUAUUUCUUCAUGAAGAUCGAACAGUGAAGAUAGGAGACUUUGGUUUGGCAACAGUCAAAUCCAGAUGGAGUGGUUCUCAACAGGUAGAACAGCCUACAGGAUCUGUUCUCUGGAUGGCACCAGAAGUAAUUCGAAUGCAAGAUAGCAACCCAUUCAGCUUUCAAUCAGAUGUCUAUUCUUACGGAAUAGUACUAUAUGAACUGAUGACAGGAGAGUUACCCUAUUCACAUAUUAACAACAGAGAUCAGAUCAUUUUCAUGGUUGGUCAUGGCUGUGCAUCACCUGAUCUCAGUAAACUAUACAAAAACUGUCCAAAAGCUAUGAAGAGGCUUGUAGCAGAUUGUGUGAAAAAAGUGAGAGAAGACAGACCUCUUUUUCCACAGAUACUGUCUUCCAUUGAACUGCUGCAACAUUCUUUACCUAAAAUUAACCGAAGUGCUUCAGAACCUUCUCUGCAUCGUGCAACUCAUACCCAGGACAUAAAUUCAUGCACUCUGACUUCAACAAAGUUACCUGUGUUUUAGGAGAUCCAUGUGCAGUGUUCACAGUUCUCCCCAGUAACAGUUAUUUAUAGCAGUUGUGUUUUGAAAGCUCCAAUCUACAGAAUCGAAUAGCCAGCGUGGGAUUCACCUGGAUGCCAAUUUUAAGAGUGAGCUGCUAUGAAUUUCUACUGUUUUAAGCCUACAGGGACAAAACUCCAUGUUGCCUUUUUCUACAGUUUAUCAUAUGGAAAUAGUGCACGGACUAUAUACAAGAAGUUCUAUUGCUAUUUUUUAUAGAUGCACUUGAGCCUUAUUUUUUCCCCAUAUGCAAAAACAUGAAAAGGACAGAGGAACAAAAAGAGUAUUACUUCCUGGUUUCAACUCUUGCAUUCUGCUGAACAAACUGUUAUUUUUGUAUAGCAACAGCAUUUGAGAAAAGGCAACGCAGAUGGUGCUGCUUUUCUUAUACCUUAAGAACAUUCUGGCUUGGAGAUAUCAUAACUAAAACACCAAUUUGUAAAGAUGACUUAAGGGAAGAGGGAAAUGCAAGUUGAUGGAAGUGUCCCCUACUGAGUAUUUGUCAUAAUCACUUAAUAUUGGUGGUUAAAGUUUCAUCACUACAAGUAAUUUUGCACAUAGGAGAAAAAAAAUCAUUUUAAGAUGAGAUGUAUAUUCUAACUAGUACUACUCGUCAGAGGCUGGCACAAGCUUGCUACAAUCUUCAUAAGGUAACAUAAGAAAAUUAUUGGGUACUUCGGACUUGUUUCUUGCAUCACCUGGAGUGUCCAGUGAGAAAUGAUAGUUUUGUGGGAGGAGAAGAAAAACUAAAUAAGUAAUGUCAAUAUAUUUCUGCAAAACAAGCAGCCUUUAGACUGUUUGAAAAAACUUUUUUUCUGAGAUGCACUAUAAGGAAAUUUGGCAUAUACAGGAUUUUCCCUUGCUGAUUUGGGUUUUAAUUUGUUUUUAUUGUUCCUGAGAGAAAAACAUUUAUUGUAAACCCAGGUUCUUCUGAUUAUCUUAUUUUAAUAAAUAAAUUAAAUUUAA